UCUCUCGUAACGUCUCCACUAUAUAUUGGCGUAAUAACCUAUGCUAAUUCAUCAGUUACACUGCGGAAGUCAAAGGAGAAAGAUCGAAAUGUUAGCUAGAAUUCUUAUUCUUGCUGUGGCUGUGGAAGUUUCGCUGUGUCAGGAGCAUGUUUAUCAGUUAAAAGUACAGCAUGAACAUCAGCCUCAAGGCUACCAACAUCAGUAUGUCCAGGUGAAACAACAGGAACCUGCUCCGUUCAAGGAAGUUCAAUACCAAGCUACGCCUGAUAGCCAAGAACAUGCAUACUCAUCACAAAGUAUAGUGCACCAACCCGUUGAACAACAAGAAUCCCAGGAGAACACAGAACAAGCUGCACCAACCUAUGAGUAUGCUCCGUUGCAGCCGCAUGCGGUACCUCAGCACAGUGUUCAAGCCAUUCGCUUUGUGCCCGUACACCAAACUCAAACAGUUCAAGUCCCAGAACAUAGAGUUGAAGUUCAGUCAGCAGCACAAGCAUAUGCCAAGACUCAUCAGGAAGCUCAGUUGCAUCCCGUUCCCAUCUACCAUCCUAAGUCCCACUCUCAUGAUGAGCCCAUAGACUAUUACGCGCAUCCUAAAUACCAGUACGAGUACAAAGUUGAAGACCCUCAUACGGGAGAUAAUAAGUUCCAGCAUGAGGUUCGUGAUGGUGAUGUCGUGAAGGGUGUAUAUUCCUUCCAUGAAGCGGACGGUUCCAUUAGAAUCGUGGAGUACACUUCAGACAAACACAAUGGAUUUAACGCGGUUGUCAAACAUACUGCCCCUGGUCAACAUGUGCACAUAGAACAAAGUAGUCAACACCAGUAAUAAUUGUGAUAUUUUUGUAUAUUAAUUUAUACUCACACGAGACUUUGCCUUAAUAAUAGGACUUUACUGUUAUUUAAGAUGAUAUUAAUUUUUAUCGUUACUAGAUGUGUAAAUAAAAUUUAUUUAAUUAUUUAAA